UCUUCUAUUGUACUACCAUUGUUCUGUGUUCUAAUCUCCCAUUCCAUUACAUCAACUACAGACAAUUACCGGCAACCAAAAGGUUGACGUCAGAUUCUUUUGGAGCUGGUCUUAUUGGAGCACAUUUGUCUUAGCAUGGACACAUAGAGAUUAUGAAGGUUUUGCUUGGUAAGGGAGUCGAUGUCGAAUCCGAAAGCGAGUCCGGUACUCCCCUUGUUUGGGCUACUGGUCAUGGACAGCAGGAUGCGGUUAAGCUUCUGCUUGAACACAACGCAAAGCUGGUUCCCUCCCAUGCUUGGAGGUUCAUGCAUACUUGCUCUGUUUUUCCCCACCCAUGGGACCUUGCUGAUGACCGAGGAGCGCCGGCCCGCCAUAUGGGCCAUCUACGGUACAAUGGGAGCAAGUUCAUCCUCAUCUCUAGCUACUAUGCGACUGCCGCACUGCAGUCUCCAUUCAGUUCCAAGAGCAUCUAAAUCUCUUAUUAUUGUAGCUGGUGAAAUGUGAAGCCAAGCGUGAAGUCGUGAAGCCUACAUGCAAAGAGUAGCAUAUCAUGUAUUGUAAUAGUAGACUUUAGUAGGCAUAUUUGAGUUGUAGUAGUGUAAAGAUUGUAAUAGACUAAUUUAGUGUUUUUUUGGACGAAUUUUAUUUGUUCUGUGAUUUGUUCAAAAUAUUGAUUUCGUA